GGAGGUCUCUAAUGGCUGGACAACAACAACUGUGGGCGAGCGACAAACUUUCGCAAACUUCUACUGAGACGAAAGAAAGUUGGAAAUAGCGAAGCGUUUCGGUAGCACAGCAGUGUGUCCGCGUUUGUUUUGGUUUUUUUUUCUUUUCUCGUAGUUACAAAUGUGGAGUCAUUAAAUGGAUUCCAGAUAUGACAUCCCGCGGAGGGCCGCCGGUGGCAGCGGGGGCUCCGCGAGUUCCCCCGCUCUGGGGGCUCAGUCGCGCCGCAGGAAGAUGCCUCCAAGACCCGCUGAUUUUAAACUUCAAAUUAUCAUUAUUGGCUCCCGUGGUGUCGGUAAAACCAGCAUCAUGGAGAGGUUCACCGAUGACACUUUCUGCGAAGCUUGCAAGUCGACCGUAGGAGUCGACUUCAAAAUCAAGACUGUGGAGCUGAGAGGGAAGAAGAUCAGACUACAGAUAUGGGACACUGCUGGCCAGGAGAGGUUCAACAGCAUCACAUCAGCUUACUACAGAGGCGCCAAGGGAAUAGUGCUAGUGUACGAUAUCACAAAGCAGGAGACCUUUGACGACCUGCCCAAAUGGAUGAAAAUGAUUGACAAGUACGCCUCGGAGGAAGCAGAGCUUCUCCUGGUCGGGAACAAGCUGGACUGUGAGACUGAUCGUAUCAUCUCCAGACAGCAGGGCGAGCGGUUUUGCUCUCGAAUAAGUGGAAUGCGCUUCUGCGAAGCUAGCGCCAAGGAUAAUUUCAAUGUGGACGAGAUCUUCCUGAAGCUUGUGGAUGACAUCCUUAGCAAGAUGCCUCUAGAAGUUCCCAACAAUGAGCUUUCCAACAGCGUCCUGUCUCUGCAGCCUGAACCGGAAGUGCCUCCGGAGUUGUCACCUCCGCGCAUGCGCUGUUGCUGAGAGUCAGAGUGGUCCCCCAUCACAGACACACACACACGCACAUACAGCACACACACAUACAGAGUACCAACCUGGCCACCAGGGGGCAGCAAAUAGCAGCAGUUUGAAGUUACUAACUGUUGAUGUAAGAUGCAUGGACUCUCUCAACAACCAGUAUUAUCCUCCCCCGUUUCUUCUUCUCCUUUUUCGUAACUGUAAACAAUGACAUGAACUACACUAACACUUAGGCCUGGUGAAUCACCUACUAUCUACCACCCCUUUUUGUCUACACUUGAGCCAGACUACCUCAUUCCUCGGACUGUUAGGCUAGCUGUGCCCCGCAGGUGCCUUCGAGGUAGAGAGCCCACUGGUAGCAGCUGCACAUGGUAAAAGGAGGCUGAUUGUUGUGGGCCUUACAGCUUCCUGAUGAACACUCAUCACACAUACUGUACACUAAGUUUGACAUUGUCUGAGUUGCCCCGAUGGUCUGGUAUUUCUGCAUCAUCUAGCUUUCAGAGAAAGGGAUAACAACAUCUCAUGUCUCUUCAGCUUAGUUUAAAUUCUGGAUCUCGGUACAGUAGUUUUAUAUUCUUAUUAAUAGGUAUUAUUGCCAAGUGAGGAGUUGAUUUGAGGUAAACAAAAGCACAUGAUGUAAAUAUGGUGUGUUGCUGUAAUGACUGGACAAGGUGCAGAUGUUUGCAGCCAGCAGUAGGUGGUUGUGUCGUGGUGGAUCAUAUCAGUUUAUAUUCCUUUGCCUUAAAGUGUUAAAGUGGCUGGAUCGGCUUAUUUCACAUUUGUGUACAUUUUUAUGUUUUGCACUACAAUCCAUCUCACCUAGUUAAGCUGACACGCAGAAAAAAGAAAGUACACGACUUGUAAUUUAGUAAAGAUCAUUGAUCGACCUCGCUAGUGGCCGUUCUGAUUUCCCUGUUAAAGUGGGAUGGCGAUGCAAGGGGAGAUGGGUAAUGUAGUCUUUGAGGGAUUGGUGUUUUCACAGGGCCAUUUUCCAUGUGUGUUACUGGCUUUUAAGAGGAAGUAGAGCUAGUAGCUAGAGGACACACACAUGGUUUUAGCCUUUGUUUUGGUUAUGUUACUAAUAUUGCAAAGUAUUUUGUUUUUCCUCUGCAGCUUGGAGAAGAAUGUUUGAGUCUCCCUUUUGGAUGGGAAUAGAGCAGUAAGGUUUGCUUAGUAUUUGAAGGACUCAGGGCUCAUAUCUGCUCAUUUUGACAGGCUUUUGUUGCAGACUUGAUUUGAGUUUCAUUGCAAAUAUGAUGAAGAAACAUCUUCAUAUAAAAUCCUGCUUAAAGGGGGUGUUUGAGUUAAUAAGAAGAGGUCAGCAGAUUUUAAUUUAAGAUUUGGCCGUUUGUUACAGAGCAGUACGGGUGUAUCCCAGUACCUGUACAUUUUCAAUAAAAAACUAGGCUAUGCAUGUUAAGCCAUCCUGUGUUCAUAGAUAUUAAUACAUUUAAUUAUUCCGUCUUUUGUUAAAUUAAUGCAAUAUUGUAGCACUGUGCGUUCUUCUGUUUCGUUUUGUUUUUUUGAAGUAAAAGUCUGAUGGGGAGAAAGGACGAGUCAAUUUAAAGAACCUGAUCUAAAAUGAUCUAAACUAACUUGCCAUUGGUUAAUUCGUUGUUGUUUUUUAUUAAGUUUUAUGUUAAAGUCAACCUUCUGUGGACUUAAACUGGCACAUUAUGUAUUAUUGAAUAGUUCCAUACCAAAACAGAAAAAAUUGGGAUACCUUUUGCUAAAAAACAGUCUGUGACAUUCAAGCACAUCUUGAAAUAUGAUUACCAGCCAACAAACAACCAUACAAGUUAUCUGCAACAAUUUAUCUUGUGUUUUUACAAAUUACAAACUACUUUUGACAUUGUUAAGUAGCGUACAACUUUCAUUUGUCGCCCCCCUGACCAUUAGCAUUUGGCACUAACCCUGUGGUCUUUGUUUUAAUAGCCAAGCCUUAUACUACUCAUGUUUUGAAUAUACAUUUUAAGAAAUGCUUCUAUUUGAAAUGUGUAUCCUUUAAGAUGGAAGACUGUGCUUUGUAUUAAACCUGUUUUAAGUCUUUGAAAAAAAAGUUUUGGCAUGUUUAAAAGCAGAUUUGUGGUAUUUAUAACUUGUGGCAUUCUUGAACUAAUGCAAUGCAAUUAAAGAUAUCUAUAUUUAU